AGGCAGCUUCUUCGGCACCCGCUUGCAGCAGUUACGGCUCGGACCCUCGCCCGCGAGCACGUUUCUUCGCCAUUCGUUACGUUUUUUGGCUGCCUGCUAAGACCUGCUAAAACUAGCCGUUAGCCUCUACGCUGAUGCACGUGCCUACCGUCGCACUGAUCGGAACAAUAAGUCGACGACUGAUAAGCAUUUGUUAAGCGUUUAUGUUAAUGGUACCAUGUGCACAUGCACACUGGCGAGCACGGUGCGCUCUUAUAUACCGUGUAUCUGACGUAUGCGCGCAAGUAUAUAGGUUUAAGAUCGACGUACGUACACAUACGUGGCUUUUCAAACGCAGCGCCGAUAGCAGGCGCGGCUCUACAUGACCCGUCUGCGCGGGCCGCGGCGAGUCGGCGACGGUAGACACUAUAGAUUGCGACACUGUAUAGCAAUCGGGCGCGAGUUGGCUGUCGUCAGCUUUCGCUGUUCGCUACCAUCAUCGCCAUCAUCGACAUCACCUCUCUAGUCUCAACACGUUCCUGACAACGCGAGCCGGUAUCCACACGCAAAAUUGUCACGCUGUUUUUCUUAAUCAUGGCCUAUCUCGUGCAGGAUUUGCCUCGAUUAUUUUUUACCGAAGAAUGCCUCAAAGAAUACCUACAAGAUUUUAACUUUUUACAUGUGGAAUGCUUCAAGGUAACCCUCAGCAAGUGCCUAGGUCUGUUAAUUAUCGCUGGCUCUCUAAUGGUCAAAGUGCCACAGAUUGUUAAAAUUCUACAAAACGAAAGUGUCCAAGGAAUCAAUGUAGUCAGCGUUUUAUUAGACUUGUUUGCAAUAACUGCCAUGGGAUCGUACAGUUUUGUUAGUCGAUUUCCAUUUAGCUCAUGGGGUGAUGCCGUAUUUUUAGGCUUGCAAACAGUCAUUAUUGCUAGUUUAGUCAUUUACUAUACCAGUGGUUUGACAAAAGCAACAACUUUUCUGGCGGCAUAUUUAGCUGUAAUAGUAGCAGUUGUGAAAGGUCUAGCACCAGUCAGCAUUUUAUGGUUUUGCCAAAUCCUUAAUAUUCCAGUAGCUCUAACUAGCAAGUUGAUGCAAGCUUACACAAACUAUUCAAACAGUAGUACUGGUCAACUUUCUGCUAUUACUGGUUUCAUGUUAUUCUUUGGUUCGUUAGCAAGAAUUUUUACAUCUAUUCAAGAAACUGGAGAUACUGCAAUGAUUAUUAUGUAUGUUUGUGCAACUGCAGCCAAUACCAUAUUAGUCUUCCAAUUUCUAUACUAUUGGAAUAUGUCGCAAAAACAGAAAACAAAGUCAAAGAAAAAAGAAUGAUAAGAAGACUAUUUUUGUUACUAGAUUGUCAACUUGAAACACAUUGUGAAGUGUAUUGACAUCUAAAUUAAUUUACACAAUAUGUGUAAAUUUCAAGUUAGUCAUCGCAUUGUGGGGUGUAAGUCACAGGGAUUCAAAGUUGAUGCUAAAUUUGAUUUUUCUCCAAGCAGUGUUUCAAAUUUUACAUUCUUAAACUAUUAAUGCCAUUUUACGAUCACCUUUGUUAGCAUAAAAACUAAACUUUAUACAUUUUUAAUCACUAUUACUAUUUGUAAACAGCCACUUUUUAUUACUGUCAAGCUGUUGUAUUGAUAGACGAAAUUUAAUUUUUUAUAUUAGUUCUAAGUAUUACUGCUGUUAAUUUUUAAAAAUAAAGAAUGCGAUCAAUAUAUAUGAAUAUUUUUUAAUUAACUCUGCAAUUUUAGUUUAUUUUGUGACUAGCUUCUCAAGAAGCCGAAUGAUUAAAGUAAUUUUACUUCAUACAGAAUAAUAAUGAUAAUAUUGAUAAUGAGUUGUAAAUUUCCUUUAAGUGUCAUUUGCUUGGUUAGUAAUUAUAAUAAAAUUUAAAUUUUCCUAGUUUUUGAACCGAUGCGAAAACAGCCCGACACAAAUAACAUUUUAUAAAAAAA